CCUCACUCACUCGCUUACUCACGCUCUUCUUCCUCUUCUUCCCCUAUCCAAAUCCUAUGUACGUGAAUCCAUGGACGUGACUCUCUCUUCGAAGCCCCAAGCGCUACUCCUAAUCCCAUGCACUCCACUCACUUCUUCUUUCUCUUCCAAUCUCAUCCGCCGAGACUUCCUUGGCUGCUCCCGCGCUCUCAGGCCGCCGGCCGGCACUCUUCGUUCCCGGAGGAAACAACGUAAGCUAGGCCUUCGCGUCCACUCCCCGCGCUUUAUCUUCAGAGCUUCUCUGGAGUCUCACUCCUCGGUCUUCAUCGUCGUCGUCGCCGUAGUCACCUUCUCUGCCGUCUCUGUCGUCCUCUUCAAUCGCUAUAGAAGAAAGAAGAACGAUGGAGAGGUCGGUGAACUGAGAAUUGUGUCGGGGCCUCCAAAUUUUGCGUUAUUGGAACUAGGACAAGAUGUUAUGAACUGGGUCUUUGGAGGUCUUCAUAAGGGGAAAGAAAGAAACAGGUUAAGGGAUAAAAUCGGAGACAGCAGCCAUGCUUCUGAAGAUGAAGAGGCUCCAUUGCUGUUUCAGAACUCUGCUUUGAUUGAUGAAGAGGCUCUUGUCACUAAAACAUUACCACUACCUGGUUCUGAUGUUCUCACAUCUAGUAUUAGUGAUUCUUCGAAUACAAAUGGACCUGUUUUUGACUCUUGUGCGGUACAACCUUUUACUUUUGCUAAAGAAAUGACUGCAUUACAAGUGGAAGGGCCUGAAGAGGAAAUUGCUUCUGAUUUAGAGUUGCCCACACUGAUGGAUAAUAUUGAGCUUAAUGGUUCUUCUGUUAACAUAAAUAAUUCACCUGCAGAAGUGAAUGCAUAUGACAAAGCAAAUGAUGAACAUGGUGAAGAGGGCAAAACCAUCAGCGAUAGUGUCUUUAUUGGAGAAUCAGUUAGAGAAGAGCUUUACAUGUUUUAUGAGGCAAAUGAGUCAGUGGCAAAAUCUACGGAAAGUUCAAGCACUUUAAAAUCGUUUUCUCAUCAUGCCUCUGUUCUGAAUAGCAAUAAAUAUUCUUCAUUAAUGAGGAGCUCUGCACUAAGAGGAGCAGAAUUAUCAGCACAGGUUUCUCUUCAGACUGCAGAAUAUGUGCAAGGAAAAGUACCAAUUGCAAGUCAUAAAGAAGGCCUUCCCCACAGGAGAAGAGAUUCUGGAAAAGGCAAUGGAUUUCCAGGAGACAGGGAGAUUAGACAUAUGCCUCAAAAAAAUUAUAAAAAUUUUCCUCAGUUCCCUCACUCAAGCAGGAUGCAAGUCACUGACAAAAAGCAUCCUUCAGAACAACUUAGUGCUUACAAUGGACUGCUAAAAGUGGGGAGGUUAACUGAGUGUGUAGAAUUGCUUGAGGAUAUGGAAAGAAGUGGUUUGUUGGAUAUGAACAAGGUUUAUCAUGUAAAGUUUUUUGAGAAGUGUAAAAGUCAAAAGGCUGUUUCGGAAGCUUUUCGUUACACAAAGCUGAUUCCAAAUCCAACGUUGAGUACGUUUAAUAUGCUUAUGUCAGUGUGUGGGAGUUCUCAAGAUUCAGAGGGAGCUUUCCGAGUUCUGCGACUUGUCCAGGAGGCUGGACUGAAAGCUGAUUGCAAACUUUACACUACUCUGAUAUCAACUUGUGCUAAAAGUGGGAAAGUUGAUGCAAUGUUUGAAGUGUUUCACAAAAUGGUUAAUGCGGGAGUAGAACCAAAUGUUCACACAUAUGGAGCCCUUAUUGAUGGUUGUGCCAGAGCUGGACAAGUGGCUAAGGCAUUUGGUGCUUAUGGGAUAUUGAGAUCUAAGAAUGUGAAGCCAGACCGAGUAGUAUUCAAUGCGCUUAUUACUGCAUGCGGUCAAUCAGGGGCAGUGGAUCGUGCUUUUGAUGUGUUAGCAGAAAUGGGGGCUGAGACACAGCCAAUAGAUCCUGAUCAUGUCACUAUAGGUGCUUUAAUAAAGGCAUGUGCAAAUGCUGGUCAGGUUGAAAGGGCACGAGAAGUAUAUAAGAUGAUUCAUCAAUAUAACAUUAAGGGCACUCCAGAUGUUUACACCAUUGCUGUUAAUUGUUGCAGCCAAACUGGUGAUUGGGAAUUUGCUUGCAGUGUGUACGAUGACAUGACUAGGAAUGGUGUAGUCCCUGAUGAGAUGUUUCUCAGUGCAUUAAUAGAUGCUGCAGGCCAUGCUGGAAGGCUGGAUGCUGCCUUUGAAAUCUUACAAAAAGUCAGGGCUCAAGGAAUACAGAUUGGAAUUGUAUCAUAUAGCUCUUUGAUGGGAGCAUGUAGCAAUGCCAAAAACUGGCAGAAAGCAUUGGAGCUAUAUGAGGAUCUCAAAUCUAUGAAAACGAAGCAAACUAUUUCAACAGUGAAUGCUUUGAUCACGGCCCUGUGUGAUGGGGAUCAACUACCAAAGGCUAUGGAAGUUCUAUCUGAGAUGAAGGAACUUGGAUUGUCCCCUAACAGCAUCACAUAUUCCAUACUUCUAGUGGCGAGUGAAAAAAAGGAUGAUCUAGAAGCAGGCCUCAUGCUCCUUUCUCAAGCCAAAAAGGAUGGGAUAAUCCAUAACCUCGUUAUGAGGGGAUGCAUAGUUGGUAUGUGCUUACGGGGAUUUGAGAAGGCUUGUACACUUGGUGAACCUGUUUUGUCUUUUGACUCAGGACAACCACAUGUUGACAAUAAAUGGACUUCGGUGGCCUUAAUGGUGUACCGUGAAACAAUUGAAGCUGGUGUAAUGCCUACAAUUGAAGUUUUAUCACAAGUUCUGGGAUGCCUGCAACUCCCCUGUGAUGCGUCCUUGAAAGAUAAACUCAUUGAGAAUCUGGGAGUGAGUGGUGACACUUCAAGAUGCUCAAACCUCUGUUCAUUAAUAGAUGGGUUUGGAGAAUAUGACCCUCGUGCUUUUUCAUUAAUUGAGGAAGCUGCUUCACUUGGAAUUGUUCCAUGUGUAUCCUUUAAAGGAAGUCCUAUUGUUGUUGAUGUAAGAAACUUGCAGACUCAUACUGCUGAGAUCUACCUCUUGACUGUUUUGAAAGGUCUCAAGCAUCGGCUUGCUGCUGGUGCAAAGUUACCGAACUUAAAUGUUUUGCUGUCUGUGGAUAAGACAAAUUUUAUGUCUCCAAAGGGGGAGAGGACAAUCAAUCUUGCAGGAAGGGCUAGCCAGGCAGUUACAGCAUUACUUAGAAGACUUGGAUUAGAGUACCAAGGGAAUGAAUCAUACGGAAAAAUUAGAAUUAAUGGGCUAACCCUGAGAAGAUGGUUUCAGCCAAAGCUCACUUCUCCAUUCAGUGGGAAACCAGGAGAUGGGAGCUCAUCCCAGUCACGACUAGGAAAAGGGAUCAUCCAUCAGCAGCGCGACAUUCGAACUGGAAAUCUGUCUAUGGAUUAAGGAGGCAAUAUGUACUCAUUCCUAUCAGGUGACAGCUUCACAGUAUCUUGUGCAACUACACUGCCAGAAGCUGAUGCUCUUUAACAGUUUUGUAAUGACUCUCCUAACCCUUACUUACCACUCCAUUCUUUGAAGAUAGACACGUCAAUAUCUGUAAGCACCUUCUGUCCACAGACUAGGGAAGAAUGUGAGCGGAGGAAAAUAAAGUGAAUAUACCUUCUUUGGUUCAAUCAAUUCAUGCAAAGUGAAGAGAUAGCCUUUGAUUUCAAGCAAUUCAUGCAAAAUGAAGAGCAAGGUGGCGCACUGUGAGCAUGUUGUCCAUUUUGAGAUGCAUUGCAUUACAAGGUCGUGAUCUUUGAUUUCAAAACCAAUUCAUGGAAGGAGAAGGGACAGGUGUGGAGCUCUCUUUAGCAUGCUUGUUCAUUUUGAAACUAAAGAGCUGUUACAUUAUAAUGUUAUAAUUGUCUAAAGCAGAUGUAAUUUGUCUGCACCUAUUAUAGGCUGUUGAAAAAAGCCUUGUUAUUUGGAAGA